UCCUUUUGAGGCCUCUUUUGACGAUGUUCGACUAGACAUUUUGACUUUGUUUUUCAUUUUGACAUCAAAACACUACAAUAUGUGUGAGGGACAUCCGAGCAGAACGUUCUUGAGGUAAUAUAUAUAUCUGGUAAAUGGUACUUGAAUAAUUUGGGAGCAAUGCUGAGGAAAGUUGUAACAACACAACACGACCUUAUUUUUUCCGCGAGGGCUAGCUCAGUUCAGGAAGCGAUCCCAGGGUACCGGAGAAUUGGCCGCUGCGAGCAAAUUUAACGAAGGGAAACAUCACUGCACUUUUUCAUACACAAUGCCCUGUAGGGGAUUCCUAAUUCACGGUCCCUUCUGUUUUAAUUUCAUUUCAUUAUGGAAUUCAAAUGAGUCGAAUCUCUAUGAAGGAUGCAAAAAGGCCUGUUAUUGAGCAGUAUUGCGUUCGCUGCGUAGCGGAGGAAAACGUUCUUUUUUUUUUGUCGAGUGAAUUCCAAUCUAGAGAGUAUCAUUUCACGUCAAGAGUAUUCUAACGCCUGGUUUGCUUGAUAACAAGGGCAAAUGACUUCACACCAGUUCCUGCUGCUUUCAUCAAUUAGAAUUUCUAGAAAAGGUUCAUUCACCUGCGACAGAAGGGGAGCUGAUUUCCCGCUUGCAUCAUGGCGGAAAAGUCCAGACUUAGCACAAUAGUGCGUUACUUUAGGUCGCUGAAGAAAAUGGCGUUUUCCGACAGAAAUGCGCCGCGGACCGUGGUACUGAACCGCGAAAUUGUGGACAAAAUACUACGGCCGGUGCAUCUUAUGACGGCAUUUAUAGGACAUCGAAAUAAGCACCAUCGAAAGUUGGGUACCUUCGGCCUGGUGCUUUGGAUCUGUAAUCUAGUAUGCCAUUUCUCGCUGGAUUUUUACGAAGCGGCGCACAUAUUCGGUUGGGCGUGGGCUACAGCCAUAGGACUGUUCUUCGUUUCCUUCAGCUCGGGAACGUACGUGCUGAUUAGGGAUACACUCCCAUGGCUCGAGGAUGGUCUGGAGAUCUUGAACGUGGAUGGGAAUUUUUCCGAGACGCUGGAAAAAGCUCGUACCAUCACGACGAAACUGCCCUGGUUAUUACCCACAGCAAGCAUAUUAGCAGCGUGCGGUCAAUACGUGUGUUAUUUCAUCGAUGAUGCUGUACAGCUUGACCUGGGAAUACCGUGGCUGUCCAUCCUUCUAAACAUAGUUAGAGUCUUCAGCUUACUUCAUGUGCUAUACGGAUAUAUAUUGUUCCUUGUCAUUAUUCUGUUCGUCAUGUAUGUCACUGGUACCUCGAUGAAGGAAUUUAGAGACGGAGUGGAAGGGGAAUUUCGUGAACAGCAUGUCAGACUGACGUUUCGUGAGGCAGUGCAGCUCUUUGAGCAUAGAUCACAGUUUAUCAGAAGAUCUUCAAAUGCUUGCUUGUUCAUGUUGUGCAACCUCGUUCUGACAACAGUGCUGUCCUUUGUCAUCAACGGCUACAACUUUCUGUUUUUCAAUCGACGGGCAAUCUAUCUUUGGUUCGCGCUAGUUCCCUCGAUAUGGAGCAUAUUACCGCUGAUCCUAGCAGCGUGGGCUACAGAAAACUACCAGGCCUACGUCGCGUCGGUCGUGAGGUCCUGGGGAGAGCACCCCGAAUCGGACGAAAGCGAGUCCGAGGAAGAAGACAUGGAUGAAUAUCAAGAAGCGAUGAAGAAGCUGAAAGUCAACCGCUCUCGAAGCGUUUUGAUAGCCAGUACGAACUUGUUAAAAACGCUCAAGCGAAAGAGACUAAUUUUACGGCAGGACAGACGCAUGUCACUCGCGGCAGUGAGGCGCGAAUCGCAGACCAGUGAGCCUAGACCCUCUCUGGGGGACGAUGCGGCAUCAAAUGGAAUAAAUCGAAAUCUCUUGGGAGUUCAAAACCCGAUGCGAUUGGUCGAUGUGGAGACCGGUGACGAAGACACCUUUUCAGAGUCACGGCUGCCUCCGACUUGCAUUCUAAACCCAGGCUUCACGCCACUUUCAAGUGACCCACCGACCGCUAACAAACCUGGCAAGAAAAGCAAGUUUAAUUUCAAGUCGUAUGUUAUGUACUUACAAGGCCUUAUCAAGGAGGUGGGUUUCUCUGUAGGUGGAAUGAUCCUAUCGUGGGAGAAGGUGUCUAGUAUUGGUAUAUUAUGGGUGUCGGUGCUUGCAAUCUUCAUCCAGGAGAUCGUUUUUGGCAACAGAAAGAGCACGCUGCUUACAUGACGCAGAAUACGAACCGCUGUACAUUGGUUGUAAUUUCAUCCCUCUAUGCACGGAACGGUGAAGCAAGAGACUUCUAAAGACAGAUCUAUGUUAGCACUAGUCAAAGUUUACUGAAGAGAGCUCGAGUUAAAUCCUCAGGUCUUUGCAGAAGUCUGAAUGGGGCAACUUUCUCUUGCUUCAUGUACAAGAGGAGUUUGGUUAAGCUGAUUAUAGAAAGCUAAGGAGUAUCUUUCAAUAUUUUCUGACAGUGACUUGACGAUGGCUUUAAUUUUCGAGAUGCACUUUGUGCCUUGUCUGAGGCAAAGAAGGGAAGAGCAACCAAGGGGACUAUCACAAAUAAAUUCUUUUGAAGUACAACAAAAACUCCGCUAUCUCAAGUACUAAAUUAGUUUUGUUCUAUAAUCGAACCUCCGCUACCGAAUGCGGGCAUCUGCCGUAGGCGGACACUUAGUAAUAGUCCCAGCCACAUACAUACACUGCAUUUUUAACCUCCCAUAAGUGGACACCUCUCGUAAGUGGACACUUUUUCUGGUCCCGAGGGUGCCCGCUUACGGGAGGCUUGACUGUAACUUUUUUUGACGGUAACUUGAUCAUGAGGUAUCUUUUGGCCAAACGUUAACGAGGACCGCAGCUCCAAGAAGGAUUAUCAGAAUCGAUAAAUAACUGACAAACUGUGGACGAAACCUUUUUCAUAAUCAAUCUGCCUUUUCUUCAAAGUUAGUCAUUGAUUAAAAAUAUCGUUAAAAUUAAGCCAACAAAACACACUGAUUACACGUCAUACUCGUGUUAACAUCAGCCAGCGAAAAACGACUCGCAACUGACCGCCAAGAGCGCCUGUUACAUGAUCGAAAUUUUAUAAUUAGAUAUAAAACAUUUAUUUAUAUAGUGUGUAAAAAUCACGAAAAGCACCUCAGGUGGAGUAAUUUAGAUAUUACAUCACAUUUUUUUAUAUAGUAAUUUCGAAAAAUAGCGAUCACAUUCUCAACCAGUCCCAGUUAACUUAGACGUUUCUAGUCAGUGUAAACGUUAUUAAAACUAAUUGUUAGCUAAGAGAGUAUAUCUUACGUUAGUCGACACUGACAGAAGUGCCAGUCAUUGACCGAUAACAGUCAACUCUCAGCAUCUUUAAAUUUCUUCUUUAUACCCCACCUCGCUCCAAGGGCCUUUCUCCCUCUCGCCCCAUUCCUCUCUCUCGCUCCUGGGGGCGGGAAGUAAAGAGGUCCUGGGAACGAGGCUGUUUUAUACAGCGCUGGAGCGACAUAAAUCACGAGAGAAAUUUUCCUUGGGGUGGGCUCAGUUUAGUUUUCUUUUCUCGGACUUAGAGUGUCAGCGUCUCUAAAAACUUUUGUUGAACAAUUUGCUAGCAUCGAAACGUCUUUACCGUUACAUAAAUGCUGUUUUUUAUUUCUACAAAGUCAACAUCAAACACAUCAUUCCCAAGUGCUUUGCGAGGUUGUGGCAGUAUAUUAAACCAAGUAUAUCAGUCUACUUAUACAUGCAUGAAAUAAAUUGUCUAUUUAGAAAUAAACACAAGUUUCUUUAAUUUGACUUUUGAUGUUCAUUUCCUUUGGGACUACACCACGUUAUUUAGAGAGGCACGUGGAUCCAGGAAAACACCAGCGGGGUGGGUGUGAAUUUUGAAAAUUUACAUCGGUCUGGACUUGCAUCUGAUUAUGUGAUCAGCAGAAUCCCUCUUGUACUUUAUUCCUGCCAAUCUCGAGUGUACAGUCUAAAAUAAGGAGGUUUAUGGACUGGACCCUUGAUUCUGGACAGUGGAGGGCGCGUAGUAGAGAGAGUGCUUAUCCGCGAUACAAUACUUUCCUAUCCUUUCUUAUACUUGACCAAACUAAAAAGUAACAGGCAGUCUCGUCUUCCGUAACUCAUGGAUAAAAAUCUCUUCCGCUAAAUAGUUCUCAUCUCAAAACUAAAUAAGAGAACUGGUGUCAGAAAUGGAAUACAUACAAACAGCUUAUGAGGUGGGGCCUAAAUCACUUCGGUCACCAUGUUAGAGGACAAAGCAAUACUCUCCAGCCAGCGGCACUGAUUUCCACACGAUUUUUGAAAACUCGAAGCGUGGGGGAAAGAUUGCUCGAGAGAAAUGCUGUGAGGUCACUACGUGCCGAACGCGAACAACUGGACUAGAGAAUACUUUGUGGCAGGUCGGUUCUCCUCAUGAAAGGCCUACAAAGCUUGCAGUUCACCACCCGGAUGCUCUGUCAGUGAGCGAAAGGAGAGUGUUGGAAUUUCACAUGCACUUUUGUAUUUUUACUUAACCCUAGAGAUGCGAAAAAGUUAAGCAAGUGUUUUACAGACAUUAAUCAGCCUUGUUCUCAUACGUCUCUAACAGCUAAGUCCUAUAGCAGGUAAUUAUUGUAAAUUCACUGAUCAACAAUGACUCCUAGUGGACGAAGACACAAACAUUAUUUUCCCAAGUUAAACUUGUAUUACGAGCCAGAUGGUCAGCCGUUCUGUGCGUCCCUAGUUUAUCUCAACUUCUUUCCCAGGAUCUCUCUUCCAGGGGACGAAAAGACGAGAUACUCUGGGACGAGAUUGAGUUUCUCCGUGCACCAUGCACAUGUGCCAGACAUAACAAACAAAAGAGCAAAACCGGACUCGCACAGCGACCGGGCAUAGAUCCUGCAGCUUCCAUUACAGACCAAGUGAACAUUUCUUAACCAUGACGCUUACAAUUAAUAACACCAGAUUUUUUAUUAACCUUGCUUCAUCCAAAAUCUAAAACAUAUUUUACAACCCUAUGUACAGAUCCAAUAAUAAAUAAAAUUGUUAUAUAGCUGGAGUUUAGUUCUGAUUCUGGUCACGAACCAGAGGUUUCUUUGACUUCUCCUUGCCUUACUACUUCACACUAAACUCCAACCAGAUAACAACACACUUAAUUACUGGUCCCUUGGAAAACAGUUAGUUUUGUUUUCCCUCGAAUCUCGAUAUUUCUCUCGAUUUCGUCUCGGAAAGCAUCGAGAUUCUCGGGAAAACAUAACUGUUUCCCAAGAGACCAGUAAUAAAGGGUAUAUUGAAAAAUUCCUUAACUAGUACAGUUACAAUAUGACAAUACUAUCAAGCCAUAAGCUAUGUUACGUUAGUACUUAUUUUUAUGUGGCUUGGUAAUAGUUUUAAGGGACUGACAUGUUAAAUUAGUCUCUAGCUAUUUAAUGAAACCUAGAUAAAAUAAUUUAGUAACGCAGAAAAAAAGAAAAAAA